AUGUUUUGAAAAAAUAGAACGUAAUUUGUGUGGUCGGUCGUCGUCGUCUUUAUGUGUAUUGUACAAUACUCAUGAUUUCCAGCUGAGAGUAGCUUGUGAAAAGCAGCUCCUCCUCCGGCCUGUCUUGUCUAAUUACUAGAACAAUGUCUACUAGCAUUUAGCCAUUAAGUUCAAGUUGGACUUGCAUUUUUUGGAUUUGGCUUGCUUCCUAAUUCAUUGAUUUUUUUUUUAAUUUAUCGGGUAUGAUUGAUUGUGAUCAAAUAAUUGAGUUGAUAUGAAAAACCACUAGAUGUUAAUCAAAUUUAUAUUAUUCAUAUCCAAACCAAAAACCACGUAAACUCCAGGUCAAACUCCCAUUUUACGCAUGAAAAAGAAUGCCUUCCGCGAAGAUUCUAGGAAGUUUGUCGACGGAUUCCUUGAAGAUGCUAACUAGUUUAAUGAGAGCCAUGUUGAUAAUCACACACACACAAAAGCUUAUGCAAGAUUCCAACGACAAAACAAUUGUCUCUCUCUCCCUCUCUACAAACGGAAGCAGAUUUGUAAAGUAAGUCAAAACCAAAUAGUACCAGGACAGUUUAUACAUGAUUUCCAAUUUAAUUUAUACAUAGGUGUCUGGAGAAUAUAUAACAUCUCUAGUCUCAUUUAUUCCCCCUUGAUAGAAAUUUGUAGAAGCCUUGUGGGAAAAGAACUAUAUAGCUUUGGAGCUUGUAAAGGAAAGGGAAUGGAUGCUAUGCUUCUAGAGGCAAUUAGGACAAAUCAAACGCCCAAAUUAAUCAGUUUGUUUCAAGCAAAUGAAGGAAUUCUUGAGCAGAGAACAACUGACUCCAAGGACACAGCCUUACACCUCGCUUCUAAGUUUGGACAUGCUGACAUGGUGUCCGAAAUCAUUAAAUUGUGCCCUGACUUGGUUGCUGCUGAGAACAAGAUGCUGGAGACUCCUAUACAUGAAGCUUGUCGCCAAGGGUCUGCCAAGGUCUUGAAGCUGCUAUUAGAAGUCAACCCGAGAGCUGCCUGUAAGCUUAACUGUGAAAACAAGACUGCAUUUUUCAUUGCUUGCAGCCAUGGCCAUUUUGACGUGGUGAAUAUCCUCUUAAACCAACCUCGAAUUAUGGGUUCAGAGGAAAAUCUGCUUGACCGAACUUGCAUCCAUGUGGCUGCAUCGAGAGGACAUAUGGAUAUCGUCAGAGAGAUACUAAAUGCGUAUCCGAACUUUGCUCAACAGAUUGACGAGAAUGGAAACUUGCCAUUGCACUAUUCUUGUAUCCACGGACACAGGGAGAUAACCUGGAUGCUCUUGAUGCGUGACAAAAAUCUUGCUCUGCAAUAUAACAUCAAUGGUUACACGCCACCGCAUAUGGCAUCAAUGAACGGUAAAGUUUCAGUCCUUGAAGAACUUGUGCUGAUGGCUCCAGAAUCUUUGCACUGUGCUACGAUUGAGGGAGAGACAGUCUUUCACCUGGCUGUGAGAUAUGGCCAGUACCAUGCUCUUGCGUUCAUGGCUCAUGCUUGCAAUGCUACAAAUCUCAUACAUCAUCAGGAUCAAUAUGGGAGCACCAUUUUACAUCAUGCAGUUUCUGGUGGGAGACAUCAGAUAGCAGAGUACUUGAUCAACGAAACAGAAGUGCAGAUUAAUGCUAGGAAUGGUAAAGGAUUCACCGCACUAGAUAUCCUCGACCAGGCCAAGGACAGUACCGAGAAUCGGCAUCUUGAAGCCAUGUUUGUUAAAGCCGGUGGUAGAAGAAGUAUCGAACUGUUGUGUCCUUCACCGGAAGCAGAAAAAACCAACGUUCGCAUUGGUAAUGAAUUGGAAAUGUCCAUUAUGAAUGAAAUGGUUUCUUAUGAAAGCAAGAGCUCGCCCCCAUUUAGCCAGGGAACCAGCUCUAGAACUUCAUCACCACAGGAUCAAGCAGGGGCGACAUUUGACCAUGAAACAUACAAACGAGGGUCCUUAUUCCCAACUAACAUGCGACAACACAAGCAAAAUAGGCACCAGGAAAAUGUAGGGGAGCGUCACACAAGUUACAGACAUAAGCAGCAUGCAAUAUACAUGGAAGCAUUGCAAAAUGCAAGGAACACUAUCAUACUAGUUGCUAUUUUGAUCGCAACAGUUACUUUUGCUGCUGGAAUUAACCCUCCUGGCGGUUCAUAUCAGCAAGGAGAAAUGAAAGGGAAGUCGAUGUUAGGGGGAACAUUAGCGUUCAAGGUGUUUGAGAUAAGCAAUAACAUUGCAUUGUUCGCCUCCCUCUCCAUAGUGAUUGUUCUCGUCAGCAUCAUCCCCUUCCGGAGAAAGCCACUGAUGAUACUACUGAUGGUGGCUCAUAAGGUCAUGUGGGUAGCUGUAGCAUUCAUGGCGACAAGUUACGUUGCAGCCACAUGGGUGGUAAUGCCAAAAAACCAGGGGACAAAAUGGGUGUUCGUCACGCUUCUAGCAGUUAGCGGUGGCACCCUGGGAGUGGUGUUUAUUGUUCUGGGUGUGACUCUGGUUGAGCACUGGCUGCGGAAAAUGAAGUGGAAGAAACAAAAAAAGGAUAGAGGGCAGGGAGUUGCAGAUCGUGACUUGGAAAGUCAGAACUCAGAUGUUGAGAGUUCAUACCUACAAGGACAUCACUCCUACUGAAUCGUUUAGUUUGGAUUGAUGAGGUAGAUAUCUGGUUUGGAAAUGUAUUUUACUUGCAAUGUAGGAUUUCCUUUGUACUGAUAAUUUUUUAUUUCCAAGAAAACCAUUUCCUCUGUA